AUGGCUAACACGCGCCGCAAUAUGCACUGUGGGACGCGUGAACGAGACAAAUCCGAGCAGCCAAGCAGCCACCUCGGUUGCUCAUCCCCAUUUUGCUGCAACUGCAAGCUCGGAGCUCCCCCUGGGAAAUGGGACCGCGGCUGGAUUAAAACGCUGUAUCGACCCGCACAAGCCGCUCGCUUGGGCACUAUGCCAAGAGUGUCGAUGCUCGUGUUCGCCGUACAGCACAUUGCCCGCAACGCACUUCAGGAGCUGGUGCCCAUCACGGACACCCUGAUAGGGUGGAUCGAGCAUAACAAGCUCGACGACUCAGUAGAAUGUAAGCUCAUCCAGGAGGCGCUAAUACGUGCGGUCUCCCGGGGUGGCAUGGACAUAUACGAGCUUAGCUACGACGAGAUCAGUCCGUCCGCCAGGGACCGCGCGUCCACAACGGUUCGGCGUUUGGGAAUGCUCUACUGCUCUGCGCCCGAUUUCUACAGCCCCAACGUCAACUCGCAGUCGACCGCAUGGCUCAAACGUCGUUGGGUCGACUCCAGUCCACCGUCUAUACUGGUAUAUCUUGUGCUACACAUCGACUUUGCCUCUACCGGAGAAGCCGCGCCGGAUCAAAGACGCAACCCGGCUGUGUCUGUAUGCCAUGAUAUGUGCGAGUUAAUGGAUCUGUAUUUGGACGACCGGGCGCAUGAGAGAAUGUGUUACUCGUGCGUUCGACACGACCCAUUGUCGAUUGCGAAAACUCGUACUAGAAGGUUUCGCAUCAGCAGGCUGGACCGCGGAUCUUAUGAGCAGCAGAAUGGGAAGAUAUGGGAAAUUCUUGGGACAUAUGAAGACCGGGGACCUAGAAGACUUGAACCAACCAGCAUUGUAGCGCAGUUGCAUGACUGGAGGGUGUACCUGCUUGUACGGGAAGCGGACUACGCGAUGUCGCGAUUCAAGCCACAUGCCCCAGGGUUCAACCUGGGGCACCAACCGCCCAUCUGGUACAGCGAGUUUGACGACGGUUUCCAGAGCAUCGAGGACGACUACAAAGCAUGCGUACACAGACAGACUCUACUCAAAGCAAGUAUCAUCGGCAAGAUUAUUGACGCCAUGGCCCUGACGCACCGAAACGCGCCAUACCACGUUCGGGUCCCCCCUGAGUCUGUAUCGGUGCUUCCCCGGUGGACACUACUAAGAUACCCCCGUCCGCCAGGAGCGCGGCGCCCGCGACCUGCGACGAGGAUCGCUGAAGAAUUGCCCAUCGACCAGCUCUUCGACAUCUUCCGGGACGACGGUGGUGGACUGUGA